UGCGCAACUCAAAUUACCCUAGUUGCUUUUAAUUAACAACUCUUAGAUAUGAUUGGGCUAAUUAAAUAAUUAAGCAUAAAUCGACACAAAAUCCUAAAAAGGAUCAGCCCUUUUUGUGCACCCCUGGGCAGAAUAAUUUCGGCAGGAAUAUGUUUCCGGAACCAAUUUUACAAUUCUGAGUGGGGAACUAAUAUGUCGUUGCACUGCAAUGUGGAUACAAGUUACAAGCUACUGCUAACAACACUUGCAGACUACACCGGAUUUCUUGAAUGUCAAAUUCUCCCGAGCCUUCUCCCAAUUACGAAGAACAGUUUGCUCACCGGUUUACUGCAGACGAUAAACAAUAUCAGGAAUACCUCCAGCGCUCUUCAAAUCCACCCCCGAUGGUGGAAGAUUGGAGAGUUCGUGGGGGUGGGCACCAGCGCGGCAGAGACAAUCGCUUCCAGGAGCAUCGCCCGUUCAGAGGGCGUGACCGUGGGCGUGGCUGGGGUUGGUCAGGGGAACAGCGGAACUCUUCUCAUUGGCAGGACCGCCGGUGGGGCUCAGGCAGUGGGGGGUAUGACCAGGGAUACAAUUCCUACAACCAGAGACCACGCAACUACUAGAGAUGUGUUUCACCCUAUUUUUGUACAGUCUAUGGUUUCACCCCAUUGAUAUUCAAAUAUUCUACUGCUCCCAAAAAAUAAUAUUUCAACCAGUCUUGUGUGAAUGCCUUAAAGCAAGGAUAUCUGCAUUCACCUGCAUUUUCAGGAUGGAAAGUGAGCGAUUUAUCUGAGAUGAAUGACCUGCUAUUUCAUACUGGGCUCUUAUGGGCUCCUUCACUAAUAUCAGCAAAGAAUAAAAACUUGAUUUCUUUAUUUUGUAUUUUUUUUGUAAUAUACAGGCAUUUUGGACUAACAGGUUAUGUCAUGGUCAAAUCAUUUCGUCUCACUAUUAGUAAUUUUCUCUGAAUGCUUCUUGUAUUAGCAUCCCCAGAACCCAGAAAUGCUAGCCUAUAGAAAUUUCAUGUUUGUCUGCUUAAGUUAUGGAUGAAAGUAUUUUUGCAUCUUUAACUGAACUAUAAUGGGAAUGUAUUGAGAUCACUGUCUUUCAGUAGUGUUGCCUGUUACACAGUCAGUGUUGGGGGCAAGUGUGGGGAUCAGAUGUAGACGUCAGAUGUGGAUCAAAAGUCCUUCAAGGAGCAGUGUUUCAUAAACAGUCUUUUUUACUUGUUUUAGGGAUGUGAUUCUAACUGUGCUUCUCUUCAUUUGAUAUCAUUUGUUGUACCGAGACAAGGUUAUUUGGAGCCAUAGUAUUUGUGCUGUGAAAGAGCUGUGCUGCAUUACUGACUUUUUACUUUCUUUAAAGCUUUUCAGUUUGUUUCCUCAUUUAAUGCGAGGAAAUGAGGUAGCUGUUCUGAUUCCACGUCAAUGCUGUCAUUCAGCAGGCCUGAAUAUGCCCAUGCAAAAUAAAUUAACCUUAAAAUUAA